AUGACUCCUCUAUCAAGUACUCUUCCUCCACCAAUUGGUGCCGUUUACUUUUUCACUGGUGAAGAGUUAAGAGAAUUUGUAGAUAAUAAGGAGAAAGAGAAAUUUGAAAGAGACGAAAGAGCGGUAGAAAGAGAAGCAAGAAAGUUAGAAAGAGAGAUUGAGUUAGAAACGAUCAAGAGAGAGACAGAGUUGCAAAAAUAUAGAAAUUCAGAAAUAGCUGCUACAAAUGCUAAUGCAAUUGGUCAGGUUUCAAAUUCUCGUGCUAAACUUCCCAAGUUACCUGUGUUUGAAGAGAGUAAAGACUGUAUUGAUUCAUACUUGCAGAGGUUUGAGCGAUUUGCAUCCAACGCAAAGUUGGAAGAGUCUGUCUGGGACAUCAAUCUCAGCGCCUUAUUAAAGUUGACAGAGGAAGGGUUUCAUUCGAAGUUCCGUACUUCCAAACCAGACCCAGGUGAGAGUCCAUCGCAAUUUUUUGCUCGCAUUGAUAACUAUGUUGAAAAGUGGUUGAAUUUAACAAAAAGUCCCAGGACUUAUGAAGGGCUUAAAGAUUUAUUUCUAAGAGAACAAUUUAUGAAUAGCUGUAGCAGAUCUUUAGCAAUGUUUUUAAAAGAAAGACACCCAGGAAAUGUAGAAGAAAUGUCUAACCUUGCGGAUCAGUUCAUUGAAGCACAUGGCUAUUCUUCCUUCAUGAAAGAUGUUCAAGUUUUUCAGAAAACUUAUCCCAGUGAAUUCCAAAGAAGUCUCAUCAACCGCAACCAUAAUCAGAUGUAUAGACGACAGUCUGACUCUCAGCAGAUGAAGGAUAGAAAAUGCUACAGAUGUCACAAACCAGGGCAUCUGGCGAAAGACUGUUAUUCAAAACAGAGUGUACAUCGUCAUGGAAUGCAACAUAUUCAUAAGAUCCACAAGGCGGCCGCAAUGAAGAAUAAAAAAAAUAAUUGUGAGUCAAAUCCUGAUUAUAAUAACUGUUCUAGUUCUUUACAGCCGCAAUACGCAUCUACAAAGAGUGCCAUACCAGUGAAUACCUCAUCUGAAGGGGAGAAGCCUCUUGUUGGGUCGGCAUGCAUACUGACAGACAAGCUGAAGGAAUGCUGUGUGAAAAAUGGUCAUGUAAAGUUAGCCUGCGGACACAUUCUUCCAGUUGUGGGUGGUGUUUGCCAGGUAUGUGAUGCUAUGCCUGUACUAAUGGGUUAUGUUGGUGAAAGCUAUGUGAAAGUACUCAGAGACAGUGGUUGUAGUGGUAUCGUGGUUAAGCUUGACCUUGUGAAAGAUACUGAGCUAACAGGGAAGCUGCAGGAGUGUGUGUUGAUAGAUGGUACAGUUCGGCAGGUGGAAGAAGCAGUCAUUGACAUUGAUACUCCUUUUUAUGUAGGAAAGGUAAAUGCAUUGUGUAUGAAAGAACCAGUGUAUGAUCUUAUUAUAGGAAAUGUACAAGGCGUAAGAAACCACUCAGAUCCAGAUCCACUGUGGCGAAGAAGAGAAGAUAGAGAAAACAACUUUGAAUUACUUCAAGCUGUGCAGACCAGAAGUCAGAAGGUUAAGGAAGAGAAAGGUAUGAAGGAAUUAAGUGUAUCAGAUUCGAUAGAUCUUGAUGUCAAUGUAGAUAAAAUGAAAGAAUUACAGACGACAGAUGAAUCAUUGAGUACCUACAGAAAUCUUGCAACAUCUGGUAAAAAGAAAAACCUUGGUGAUGGGAUAGUUUCCUGGUUUUCUGUGGAAAAGGGGCUGUUAUACAGACAUUUCCAGUCUUCAAAGGUCAGUGACAACAAAAUAUUUAAACAGCUCGUUAUUCCUGGAACUCUUAGACGAAAGGUGAUGACCAUCGCGCAUGACAGUAUUAUGGGAGGACACCUAGGAACGAAGAAGACAGUAGACCGCAUAUCGUCAAGUUUCUACUGGCCGGGAAUUCAAGGUGAUGUCAAAAGAUAUUGUCAAUCAUGUGAUGUAUGCCAAAGGACCUUUCCAAAGGGCAAAGUGACAAAAGUUCCAUUGGAGAAGAUGCCAUUGAUCGACACUCCGUUUGAGAGAGUAGCAGUUGAUCUGGUAGGUCCUAUCGCACCAGUUACUGAAAAAGGUAACAGAUAUAUUUUAACUGUAGUUGAUUAUAGCACCAGAUAUCCAGAAGCAAUUCCACUGAAAGGCAUAGAGACGGAGAGAGUGGCCGAAGCACUGUAUCUUCAGCAUGAUGGGCAUACCGAAAGAAAUCCUUACCGACAUGGGCACACAGUUCACAUCAAACAUCAUGAAAGAGGUUAG